AUGACAUCCAAAUCCUUGGCUACCAACAACUUCGAUCCUUCUCGCAUCAUACAAGAUGAUGGAGACUGCCAAAUGUUCAAGGGUGUUCUAGACAACCGAACAAUUAUCAUUAGGAAGUACAUUAUCCGUGAGAAUGACAAGGACAAUGAUGAAGUUAGGUCUCGUGCUAUUCGUGAUAUUAAGAUAUCAAGGCAGAUGAGCUCCCAUAAGAAUGCUUUGAAAUUAUUAGGUUGCUGCUUAGAGUUCCCUCUACCAGCUCUGGUGCAUGAAAAUGCAGCGAAAGGAGUUCUCAGGGAUGAUGGAAGUUUAAGCGGGGCUAAUGGAGGUCAAUCCUUGUUACCAUGGAAAACUAGACUGCGUAUUGCGAAGCAGCUUGCUAAUGCACUUACAUAUCUCCAUACCGCCUUUUCUGAACCUAUCAUUCAUAUGAAUCUGAGAUCCACCUGCAUUUUGUUGGAUGAUGACUAUGUUCCCAAACUCUCCAACUUUUCAUUCUCCGUAAGUGAUUCUCCUAAGCAAUCCCAUGUCAAAGGCGAUAACCAAAUAAGGGCAUCUGGGUACACUGACCCCGACUACCUUGCAACUGGCUACAUUACCCAAAAAACCGAUGUUUAUAGCUUUGGUGUGCUUUUACUUGUACUCUUGACGCAAAGAGCUGCAUCUAGCAAUCAGGCAGGAGAACUGGACAUUACUGCAAAUCCGAAAUUUCAUGUUUCUGAUGGCCAGACUCAAAUUCAGACAAUUGUGAAUCCUAAAAUAUUGAAGGAGGUAGGGGAAGAUGGGCAUGCACAACAGCAAUUGCAGGAUUGUUUAGCACUUGCAGUGUCAUGCAUCCAAAACCAAAGUGAAGCAAGGCCAAAAAUGAUUCAUGUGGCCAAAGAACUUGUACGAAUUGAGAAGUCCAUCUUCCCUUAG